GCACCUGCUUCAGUAUUAACGUUUGUUAAUUCUACGUUAAAGGCGGAUAUGGUCCUUUUUCGAGCUACCACUUUGAAAAUAUUUACCGAUAUUCCAUUAGAAAAAUUAAGUUUGUUUAUUUUCAUUAGGAAACUUUUAAAGAUUUAGAUCUUCUUUUAAACAUGGGCUUUAGUAAACGGUUUCUUUUGGAUCUUGCACCACAGGUUAUUGCAACAUUGCUGGGUUACUUUUCUGAAAUGAAACCUUGCCAGAAAUGUAUAAAGCCGAUCAGCGAUGAUCAAGUAGAAAAGGCUCCUAGAUGUGACAGCUGCCGUGUAUUCUUUCAUCUUGAAUGUUCAGGUCUCUGUGCAAGCGAGCAGAGGGCUAUAGUUGUCCAGAGACGAAUAAUUUUGUUCUUCUGUGAAGAUUGUAUCCUUUCAUUCAAGAAAAUACCUCUACUAACCAAUAAAUUUGUCCAACUUGAAGAGCAAAUUAAAUCCCUCAAAGAGGAAAUUGAGGUUAUCAAGCAGCAAAAUCUUCAAACAGUUGGGGCAACAGAUAUUCCAGCAAACAUGGAUGCUGUGAUUUAUGAAAUGCAAAACAGGGCUGAUAGGGCCAAUAAUUUGGUUGUCUAUGGAGUUCCGAAAUCAAAUAGUCGCAGUUUACAGCAGAAAAUUAGUGACGACAAUACAGCUCUUUUGCCUCUUCUUAAUGAUAUUGAGCUUGCUCAGGAUGAUAUUGUCAAAGUUUUGAGAGUGGAAAACUGGCAAAAGGAUAAUUGUGGAAAUUUUUCAGAAAAAAGAGGAAAGUGA